GCCCCGCGCUCCCCCAUGGAUGCUGCCAGCGGAGGCGGCUCCGGCCGCCGGGCACCGGGGGCCUGGCGGGGAGGCGUCUGGCAGCCCCGGCCCCCUGCCGUCCCCUCCGGGCGGGGCCUGCUUCCCCUCCGCCUCCUGCCUCUGCGGGCGGCGCGCCGCGCUCCGCCGGCCCCCGCUAUGGCCGACAGCCCGGGCCCCGCUGGCGGGGGGCGGGCGCGCUGCCCCCGGGCCGCCCCCACGGUGGAGCCGGUUCUCUUUCUGGGCACCGUGGCGCUGGGCCUGCAGGCCCCGCUCUGCACCCAGUACCUCUGGGACCGGCUCGGGGCCGAGCUCGGCUACAACGGCUCCGCGGCGAGCGGCUCGGCCGGCUGCGGCAACGCGAGCGGCGCGGGGGACCUCCGGCAGCAGGAACUGGAGACGUUGGCCUCCCACUGGAACCUCUACAUCAACCUGGCAGGCUUCUUUGUGGGUCUCUUCUCAGUCACUCUCUUUGGGCCAUGGAGUGACAGUGUGGGUCGGCGUCCCGCGCUCAUCCUGCCUGCCGUAGGCAUGGCCUUGCAAGCUGCCAUCUAUCUUCUUGUCAUGUACCUGAGGCUACAUGUCGGCUACUUCCUGCUUGGGCGUAUCCUGUGUGGCCUCAUGGGGGACUACAACCUGAUCCUGGCCAGCUGCUUUGCCUACGUGGCUGACAUCAGCGACCAGCGUUCCCGUACGUUCCGCAUAGCCAUCCUGGAGGCAUGCCUUGGUGUGGCAGGCAUGCUGGCCAGCAUCAUCGGAGGACAGUGGCGCAAAGCUCAGGGCUACAUCAAUCCCUUCUGGCUCGUGUUUGCUGUCAGUCUUGCCGCUGCCCUCUAUGCUGCUCUUUGCCUCCAGGAAUCGGUGAAGGAGAGGAAACCAGCCAAGCUGUUCACCCUCAGUCACUAUGUGUCGGUGUACAGGCUGUAUGCAGCCCCAGGUUACCAGAGAUCCAGGCAGAAGCUCGCUCUCUACUCUCUGACGUUCUUUCUCAUUGUCACCAUCCACUUUGGAGCCAAGGACGUCUUUGUCCUAUACGAACUCAGCUCCCCUCUCUGCUGGGGCUCUGAUCUGAUUGGCUAUGGCUCAGCGGCUAGUUACCUGACUUACCUGAGCAGCCUGGCAGGGCUGCGGGCACUGCAGCUGUGCCUUGAAGAUGCCUGGGUAGCAGAGUUAGGAUUGCUCUCCAACGUUUCGGGCCUGGUUGUGAUUUCACUUGCUUCUACGACACCACUGAUGUUCACAGGUUAUGGCAUCCUGUUUCUUUCAAUGGCAGCCACUCCAGUGAUCCGGGCAAAACUGUCCAAACUGGUGGAUGAGAAAGAUCAGGGUGCUCUUUUUGCCUCUAUUGCCUGCGUGGAAGGUCUCUGCUCACUUGUGGCCACAGGAGUGUUCAACGCUCUGUACCCUGCAAGCCUGCACUUCAUGAAGGGAUUCCCCUUUCUCUUUGGGGCAAUAAUUCUGCUCGUUCCAGCUGCUCUUAUUGGGUGGAUCGAAAUCUUGGACACUACACCCAAAUAUGGUCACUUUACAGAUGCUUCCUGAUUCCCCCACGCAAGGCUAAACACUGAUUCACCAAAAGAAAAUUAUUUGUGUGGCUGAACAAACCGGUCGGAAAGCUGCUGCUUAUUCUGCUGGGACAAUUUGACCAAUGAGUGUGAGAGAUCUCUAAGAUGCUUGCUUAUUUAAAGUUCCAAGUAGCUGGAAAUCAUGGCUUUAAUCAGCCAGUAAAAACAUGAUCCUGCCAGCAGCGAUAGCUCCUCAGGGUCCUGCUGGCUCGGCCUGUCUGGGAAAACACAAGCGAUUUUAAAAAUAAAGGAGUAGAAAGAGA